AUGAUAUAUACCAAUGGUGGCUCCUCAAUAAUAUCCAGCCGUGAGUCGCAGAAGCGUAUUUAUGGGAACAGUAAAAAUGAAGGCAGACCCUUUCAUAUGUACUUCAUUAGUGUUGAUGGAGGAUUUAGGCCACUUGAAGAACAAACCCUUUUACUUAAACAGAUGGAGAAGGUGGUGACAUCCUUCAAGGCUCGGUUUAUAGUCAACAUUAGUGAACUUGGGGAAUCCGAUCCACUCUUGCAGAAUGCUACAUGGUACCCUGAGCUGCAGAAAAUACCAUGGUACACUACUAGAGCAUUGAAAGGCGAAGGAGCAAAUUAUUUCCUCAAGAAGAUCGAAAUUCCUUAUGGACAAACACUAGAUAUCAUAGCCAUGGAUACUGGGCUACUCCAGAAUUCUUCGAAUGCCCCUGAAAAUGAGCAGCUUCAGUGGUUAACGACGAUCCUCAAAGAAAGCAGCAGCAACUGGAAAAUUGUCUUUGGAUUUCAUCACUUGGUCACCUCUGAAGAUAAUGUACAAAAAAUGGAACCAAUUUUUGAGCGAUUAUAUAGUAUAUUACUUAACUAUGGAGUGAAUGCAUAUUGGAGCUGGCGUGCCGGUACUGGCAAUGUUCAAAGAGGUAUCGUGCAGUUGAAUAAUGCAGAUCCAGUGGAUAAGCGUCGUUAUCUUACUGCUGUAAAUCAAAAUAUAGUCCAUAAAAAAGAAAUGGCAAAUGGAUUCCUUCUUCAUCAGGUUAGCGCACUGGAAAUUGUCACAUAUUUAGUUAAGUUGACAGGGGAGGUUGUUCAAAGUUCAGCGCUUCAACAAAUGGGCAAGGAGGUGAUGUAA